CCCCCCACCAGGGGACAGGAACAGGCACGGAAACCCGCGCAACCUGGUCUCGUUCGGCCCAGUUCUGAGAGCAAAGGACAGCUUAGAGUACAAGCCCGUGGAAGAACCAGUGUGAACUGUCUAAUGGAAGAAGCAACCAAGAUGGAGAAAAUCAAAUUCCAGCACAUUGUCACUAUCUACGGGGUCUGCAACAGCCCUCUGGGCAUAGUGAUGGAAUACAUGGCCAGAGGGUCCUUGGAGAGAAUACUUCCCACUCACAAAAUGUCAUGGCAGCUCAAAUUCCGGGUUAUCCAUGAGAUGGGCUUGGCUAUGAACUUUCUGCACAGCAUGACACCUCCUUUGCUUCACUUAGACCUAAAGCCAGGGAACAUCCUCCUCGAUGGGAAUAUGCAUGUCAAGAUCUCAGACUUUGGGCUGUCCAAAUGGAUGGAGCAGUCAAGCCGAAUGCAAUAUAUUGAAAGCUCUGCUUUGAGGGGCACUUUGAGCUACAUCCCCCCAGAAAUGUUUCUGCAGAACACCAAGCCUCCAGGGAUCAAAUACGAUGUGUACAGCUUUGGAAUUGUCAUUUGGGAGGUGCUUAUGCAGAAGAAGCCUUACGCAGGAGCCAACAUGAUGGCCAUCAUUGUCAAGGUAGCAGCAGGCAAGAGGCCCUGCCUGGAACCCAUCAGCGACGACUGGCCAGGGGAAUGCCAGCAGAUGGUGGACUUGAUGAAGAGGUGCUGGGACCAAGACCCUAAGCAAAGACCAAGCUUCACAGAUAUCCCCGUAGAAACAGACAUGCUGCUGUCACUGAUACAAAGCCUCGUUGUGGAUCCGGAGAAUGAGCGCCUUGUCAGGAAGAUGUCCCACAAACCUGCCAUCGCUGGGAACCAGCAGAGUGACAAAGAAGAGCUUAUCUUCUCUCAAGACACCAGAACCGGAGGAACCGGUCACCAGCAGGUUCGUGUCCCACCUUCGCACAGGGAGAUGGAAAGCCCAGAGGACGUCCUGUCUGAGGAGAUCUGGAGAGUUCAUGAGAACGGCCUCACACUGCUUCACUUCAUGGUGAUCCAGGGAAACGUGGAAAAGGUGAAGUUUCUCCUGAGCUGCAAAGCCAACGUGAACAGCCAGGUGGUCUGCGGCUACACCCCACUCAUUGUGGCUGUUCAGAAGAGGUCACCAGAGAUCUGCUCGGUGCUGAUAGAGCACGGUGCGGACAUCAACAUGCCCGAUGAGGAUGGCUGGACACCUCUUCACUUCGCUGCUCAGAAUGGGGACGACCGAAUUGUUCGCCUCUUGCUGGACCACCAGGCAUGUGUCAAUGCUCAGGAGCAUGACGGAUGGACCCCUCUGCAUCUGGCAUCCCAGAACAACUUUGAGAACGUGGCCCGAGUGCUGCUGUCUCGCCAGGCUGACUCCAACACCCAGGAGGUGGAUGGGAAAACCGCUCUCCAUGUGGCAGCCUGCUUUGGGCAUGUCGGCCUGGUGAAGCUCCUCGCCAGUCAGGGAGCAGACCUGGAGAAGAAGCAGAAGAACCACAGGACCCCACUCCACGUGGCUGUGGAGCGAGGAAAGUUCAGGGUAGUCCACUAUUUGCUGAAGAACGGGGCCUCUGUCAACAGCCUGGACCAAAACCAUUACAGUGCCCUGCACCUGGCCGUGGUGAGGGGGAAGUAUCUCAUUUGCGAGAAACUCAUCAAGUACGGAGCCAAUGUCGAGCUGCGAACAGACAAAGGCUGGACCCCCCUGCACCUGGCUUCCUUCAAAGGACACAUUGAGAUCAUCCACCUGCUGAAAGACAGCUGUGCCAAGCUGAAUGCCAGGGGAAGCAUGGGCUGGACACCGCUGCACUUGGCCACGCGCUACAGCGAAGAGCCGGUGGUCUGUGAGCUGCUGAGGUGUGGGGCAGACCCCAAUAUCACCGAGAAGUCCGAGUGGGCCCCCCUGCAUUUUGCAGUGCAGCGAGGCUCCUUUCUGACCGUCAUCAAUCUCCUGGAGUGCAGGGCAGAUGUCAACGUGAAGAACAAAGUGGGCUGGACACCCUUGCACCUCGCCGUCCUCAAGGGCAACAUGGCCAUUAUAAAGACCUUGAUUAAGGCCGGUGCUCUGCUCAAUGUGGAAGACAUUACUGGCUGCACAGCCCUCCAGUUGGCAAUUAGACAUCAGAAAGAAAACAUCAUUACACUGCUUCAAGGCAAGGACUCGCUGAUGAAUACAUUGCAGAAUAGGGCCCUGGUGAAUGAUGUUCAGAUUUCAAGACCCAGAACUGUUCCAAGAAGGACAGAUUUGUAGAUUCAUUGCAUCUGGCAUUUAUGAGUCGAAUUUUCCAGUAUCAGGGUCUUAAGUCACUAUAUCCUGUCAACUGGUGAUUACAGAGGAUUAUUUUUUAAUGGCAAUUCCUAAGUAUAAACACUAAAAGAAUAAAAGAAAACAGAGCUAUAGAGGGAAGAUGACAAUUUAUUUUUGAGAGUGACCAAAUUUAUAGACCUUUUUGGCUUGGUAAUGCUGGAGUUGGGCUGUGCUUCUCAGUUGUGAUACUCACUGUGUGGGGAUGGAAGCAGAUGUGUGUACUCCCUUUGAAAAUGGACACUGCUGAUAUCACGCAUAGCAGCACACAUAGAGCUGUCUUCCACGUAUUUUCUUGCUUUUAUUCUUUGUUUUCUGACAGAGCAGAUUGGUGUAAAACAGCAAGGCGCAGGUGGGAAUUGAAUCUUGAGAUUCUCACCUGCUGCUGGAAAUAGACACUAAGCAAAUGGUGCAGCGAUGUGUCAGAUUUUCUGACAUCUCAUUUUUGUAACAAGAAUCUUUAUUAAAAAUAA